CGUGGAGAAUAUUCGCGUGGAAAUGGACGAGUUCCACGGAUCAAUCGACGCUGUCAUUGAAUAAUGACACCAAGCGGUUUUCAUCGCCGCAGUUAUCGGUUGAUAACAACCGAAUGUACUUUGCAGUACAGUUCACAUGAGUGGACGCCGUUGAGACACGGACCUUAGGCGGGUGAGCCGAGUCGAUUUUACCUAUUCUAGACAGGAACGAAUCGCAAAUAUGCUUUACAGCAUCGUCGACAAGAUAUCGACAGCCUCAUAGGCGACUGACGCAAGUCAGUACAACAGCCGAUUACAUAUUGGCCAAAGUGACACAAGCCGGGGUGCUAAGGGCAGCACAGUAUCAAUAGAUGCCGCCAGCGAUGGUGAUUAGGCUGUCACUGAUUGCUUCACAGCAACAAAUCUACUGCUGAGUAGAAAACGCACGGAAGUGCACAAGUGGGAUUUUCAUUCACACGAGAUGUGCGUUGGCAUAUCACAAACACAGUCGAUACCAUCAUGAUUCAGCCGUAAGUUCGGGCUAUCGCAGCCAAAUUGACUUAUCUAAAUGGCAUUCGAUUCGAGCCAGAAUCAUGCGCAAUAUUCAACACACAACAUCAAACGUUCCAGGAAUAACCAACCUUAUGCACCUUUUCCUUAUUAUUUUUUAUUAUCGUCGCAUCGACGUUAAACCUUUCAACUUUAGAAUUAAGAUAUAUCAUAGCCAUCGUCGAUUGCAAAAUGAGUCGACGAAUUCAUACUAAGCUUAAGAAAGAAAAUACAAAUCGUUUAUUUCAUUGUUCUGCCGAUAACUUGAAAACAAGUAGGAGAGCUCAACUCGCGUCAAAUGAUAAUUGCGAGGCUCAGAGCAGUUGUCGCCGGACAAGAAGCAAGUGAAUGGGAAAGAGAGGAGAGUUCGACUUCGGGCUUAAGCAUGAAGCAAAGUGAAUCAUCAUGCUGUCCAGAAGAGAAUCCUCGUGAGUUGCAAACAAAUCGAAAUAUGCAGCCGUCGAAACGCUGAAAGUUGCAUGAAAACGAAGCAACGAAAGUCACUCAACGACUGCGAUCCGAAUUCACAUCGAGUGAAGCACCCGUGAAAUCAUGGUCGGCUCCAUUCAACAUCGCAAACAUCGUCAUGAAUUGAGUUGGGCAUCGGUGUACGAAAUUGUUUCCGUCAAAGAGACAUGAAUCGGACUUGACUCGCGAAUUGUGCGAGAAUGAAAUUCCAUCGUUGGUUGACCUAGUGCAAAUGAAAAAGAAUGAAACCAAAUUAGCGAUUGCAUACAGAAUUGGGUCAAUAAAUCGAUACACAAACGAUUUUGAUCCAUCGGAAAUGAAGACGAGGCACCGAAUGUGUAUCCACGGUCCCGAAUGGCACACCAGCACCACCGAAUCCGAAUGCGAAUGCGGUUUGCAUGACGAGAGUCAAACCUUCGAUUCACAUUGGAACCAAACGUCCGUCCGACGAGGUAACCAGUACAGAGAAUCCAAUUCACAUCGAUGUGUAGCCGAUCAGAAACGCAAAGUCAGUACCCAAUGCGACCGCCGAAACGAUUCGACACCCAUUGAAUGCUACGAUAAGAAUGGAAAUUGGAGAUAAACGGAUUAGAAAGUGGAAAUUCAGUCGAAAAUGUUGUAAUGCAUGCAAAUGUCACCGAUGUAUGAGCACGAAUGAAAACAAUGCGCGUUCAAGUUUCAAACGUCGACGAGUGCUAAACACAAUCAAUCUGUGUGCUAAUUUGAUUUGAAACAAGUGGAAACCGCCGAGCGAUGCAUCGCACAUGAAUGGCAAUCAAAUUGCAAACGAGAGAAUGAAUGAGAAUCGCUCCCAAAUUUCCAUGAAAAUCGGAAAAUUCGAUUGGAAUGCGAUGGCCGCCGAUGCGAGAGCAAAUUGCAUUCGGUGAGGUGAACGUCAGAAUGAAUUCACAUGCGAAUGAAGGUCAAUCCAAAUCUCGUUGCGUCCAUGAGAAACUGCUAUUGCAAUGCGAAUGGACUCGAUCCGAUUCAAGGCAAACGAUGCAUCCCAGCGCCGGUCGAGCUAAUGCAAAAUGAAAAGAGGAAAUCAAAUUAGUCAUUGCACGGCAAUUUAUAAUAAAUCAAACGUUGACACGGUGACAAAAUGCAAACCAAUGUGAACAGUGACUGUCGAACCCAGCGAAGCUUUGGUUGCGAAUCAGAGCCAAAGUCGUACACGAUUCGAAUGACAUCGGUGACGGACACUGAAAAGAGAAGAAAGCGAUGAGAUCAAAAGUGCAAUGAACCAGAUUCGAAAGAAAAUUCGAUUUGCAACCGAAAUUCCAACGAAUCAUAUCCCAUCGACCGUACAGCAACCAAAGACAUAUCAAAGUGUCUACGAAUCGCAUGCCCAAGGACGAGUGAAUGAUUGGCACGAACGUCAGGGAGGAUGAUUGUUUUUGUUGAUUUUGUUUUCCUGUUUUCUGGUUGCAUUGCCAUUCGAAGAGACAACGACGUCGGUUCACAGGCCUCAAAGUGUUGUGGUUUCACCUUCACCGCCGAACGCAUAUUGCUUUGGAAACAUUGCAAAUUUUCGGAAAGGAAUUCCGAAGUGAAAACCGAAUGUUUUCUGGCCAGCUGGCUGCCGCUCGGUGCAACACUACGGAGACAACAAAUUGCAACGAAUUAUUCCAAUCUGGGAUACAAGAACGAAUGGAAAUUGACUAAAGGAACGAUUGCAUCGAACUCGUGAUACACAUUCACUGUCAAACAGGAAAACCAGGCGGAAUUUUCAGAAUGGAAAUUCAGAGAAAAAAAUUGAAUAUUUCCUGGCCAGCUGACUGCCGCUCAGGGUGAAAACACUUGCAAAUCAAAUUGCAACACGAAUUUCGUGAUUUAAUUGAAUUUCUGUCGAGAAAUAAACGAAAACAGAAGAGAAUUAUUUUGCCAUGUCAAAAAAACUGCGAUUUAUGCAUGCACACAAGCUGUCACAACACACAUCGGUUGUGUUUCGUUGGUACUAAAAUCCAAAACGUCACGUCGACCAGCAGUGCUAAACGCAUGAGCAAUGACAGUCGAGCAGAAGCAUACCAAUCACACAGAAGCAACGCGCACAGCUAAGGCAAAGAGGAAAAUAAAACUCAGAAAAAAAGAAACGGUAAUUCCGCAGGAAAACCGUCGACAUUCACACUCAGUGAUUAACGCAAGUCACGCACACAUACGAACGAGCCAACACUACAGGCAAACAGCACCGAAUAGCAGUUCAAAGCGAACCACAGAAGGAAAUCAACGGAAUCGCAUCGUAUCGUGUGAAAACAAUUCGUAUACACGAAUUAAUUCCAGUACUGCCGAAUUUCUGCCGCUUGUUCCACGAAAUUUCCGGAAUUUUUUUUGUUUUUUUUUAAUUCGAACCAUCGAAGGAUUGCGGGCAAUCAUACACCACGCAGGUAGCAGCAUUGUACCGGUGGUGAACAACGAAUCAAAGCGAAUCCAACGAGAUCAAGUCACACAGGACCAAUUCCUUGUCCGAUCCGAGUCGUGGUGUUAUCACACGCACAGUGGAACUUUCACACCGACCACCAGCCGUCGAUUUCUUAAAAGCAACUGCUUCGUGUGAACGUCGGAACAGUCAUGAAUUUCAGCCGAUUACGUAAAAGUUUCACCGCUGAGUCGCCCUCAUGGUGCGCUAAACUCAAGUUCUGGGACCAUACUCACUGGGUAGCGGCCCGGCCCAUGGCAAUUCACAAUGGUUUAACAACCAUAACCAUGGAAGAACACAGUUGGACCGUCUAUACGGCACAACCCAUCACUAAUGUUGCCGUCGGCCGAUACUCGAAUGAAAAUAACCAGUCCGGUACGGUAUACGGCAUAGUCCGCAUCGAAGAGAGCAUCGUAACCAUCAAACCGGUGCAUGCUGACAUUGUUAACGGAGUGAUUGAUCCAUCCGGUUGGUCUCCGGAAGUGAAGGACUGUGCGUUGAUAGUGGCCUAUUCCCCGGAUGGGAAUUUUGCGGUGCGAGUCAUGGACUACACCAUGCCCGAAUACCCCGACGAGGAUUGCUGGAGAUUCCGCAUCGGAGUCGUACCGGAACCACCGAAUUUGUGGACAGGUAAGGAAAAUCGAGGGCGUUUCAAGCGUUUACGACGAGCAGAAAUGAUGGAACAAAUGCGAAACCUCGACGCACGACCAUCCACCAGCCGAGCCGGUGAGACAGUCGCCGAGGACCAAGAACGUCAACCGUCGAUCGAACCGUCGAGAGCAGUCGAAGCGAUCGUUGUCGAUGAAAGCAAUCAAGUCGUCGAGCCAGAGGCAGCUCCAUUGAGCGCGGGGGAGUACCAUCCAAAUGUACGUCGGGUCACAACCGCCGAGACAGGUACAGAAUGGAUCGAGCCAAGUGAAGAAGGUCGGCAUGAAUUUCAACCAUUGUUUGACCGACCGGCCGAUAGCGAUGAGGAAACUCACAACGAUGAGCCUGGUCAGGCCAGAUCGUUAUUCGGUAACGUCGGCUCUCGACGUGGUACGCAAACAGAACCGGAACCGCCGAUUGACCUGGUCCACCGUUGGGACAAGUCGCGUCUGGACUGAUCAAAGAUGAUCCAAGUCGCACAAGUGCCGCCGAAGAAAAAAUGAAUCAAUGAUUAAAUAAAAAAAAAAUAAAAAAA